CAGUAAGGUGGGGGGCGUGGUCAGGCGCCACAUAAAUACAGAACAAAAACAUAAAGGUGAAGCAGAGUUGACCGGAGUUAAUAAGAUUAUUUGAAAUACUCGGUAAUGGAAUGUUUUUAAACGACCCUACCGGGAGGAAGUAGCUUUCAUUGUGAUAUCUGUUGGAAUUGGACUUUAAAAGCGGGAAGGACGCGGGGAGAACCGGUAGCAUCGGUCGCUUUAAGAUUGAAAAGGGUUCAACGGGACUAACGGAGGAAUUCGACCAACGUCACGAUGGAUGUUAUCAGCUUCAGCUAACUGAAAACUUCCAGAAAAUGCUGGACAGCAUAGUGGAGAUUCAUCUGGAGAAGGAGGUCAGAGGAAAGAACGUGGAGGAGCCCUUCUGCAGCCAGUAUCGCUGUGGGUCUCUGCUCGGCAGCGGCGGGUUUGGCUCAGUGUUUUCUGGCCACAGGCUCUCGGAUGGACUGCAGGUCGCCAUUAAACAGAUUUCCAGUGACCGAGUUCAGCAGUGGGCCCGACUGCCCGGCGAGCUCAGCCCUGUGCCCAUGGAGAUUGUUCUGCUGCAGCGGCUUUCAGAGGUCGGGGGUCACAAGGGGGUCAUCUCCAUGCUGGACUGGUUCGAGGUGGAAGGCCGGGGCUUCCUGCUGGUGCUGGAGCGGCCUCCACAGUGUCAGGACCUGUUUGACUUCAUCACAGAGCGAGGAGCGCUGUCGGAACGCCUUGCACUCAGGUUUUUCCGACAGAUCUUGGAGGCGCUGCAGUUCGUACAUGCUCACAGUGUCGUGCACAGAGACAUUAAAGAUGAGAACAUUGUGGUCGACACCAGGACACUCGAAGUCAAGAUUACUGACUUUGGGUCAGGAGCACCGCUCAAAGACGCGCCAUACAGCGAGUUCGAAGGUACCCGGGUCUACAGUCCUCCUGAGUGGAUUCUGUCUCAGUCCUAUGAAGCUGUCUCUCUCACUGUCUGGUCUCUGGGGGUUCUGCUCUUUGACAUGGUUUGCGGCGACAUCCCAUUUGAGCGUGACCAGGACAUCAUUGGGGCUGCGCCCAUCUUCACCAGGCGGAUCUCUAAAGAAUGCCAGUCCCUGAUUCGCUGGUGCCUGUCUUACCGUCCGGAGGAGCGUCCAACCCUGGAAGAGAUCCUGUCUCACCCCUGGAUGAAGGGAGGGGAGGAGGAGGAGGAGGAGGGGGGGGACCUGCAGGAGGACCACAGCUCCCUGCCCUGCCAUUCCCUUUAACUGCACAACCCUGAACACACAGGGCUCUAGACUCACAGUAAACACAACCAUAAGUGCUCAGGUCUCUGGACUCAUGAGGCUCAACGUCACAUCCUCACCACUCGGACUGUUGUGUUUUGUUUUUGCACAUCUUCUUCCAGUCAGGCUGUGUAGGACUGAACCAGCAGGGCGGCGACACCAGCCCCCAGGGACAGAAAACUCGUCACAGUGAAUCCACAGCUUGCGGUUUUGUUUUUAUAUCAUGGUUUGUGCAUCCGAGGCUGCCGACUCUGAAAGCUCCUCGAAUGCACCAACAAAGGUAACGUGUUUAAAGGGACAACAUGAAUCUCACACCUGAUGAAGCUGUAACUGUGCAGCCGCUGUUCCCUGUUUGUGUCCUACUGAACACAGUGGCUUUGGCAGCCAUGUCUGAUUUCUGACAUGUUGGGUUAUUUAUUGAGCAAACUAUUUAUUUUUGAAGAUGCAGGCUGCCAUCACGAGGUGUAUGUUUUCUUUUUUCAAAGAACUCGGGGUGUGCUUCAGUUUGCCGGUCCAGUAAUUGACUUUAUUUUAGGGCUCCUUUACCGUAAUCUUGAUGAUUGUCUGGAAAUGUUGCCAGUACUUUUCUGCUGCUGGUCGCCAGUUAGAAAAAUGGAGAAAGUGUUAGCUGGUCCUGUUCUUCAGUUCCAGGUGUGUGCAGAGCUGUCAGGCUGGAAGAUGCUCCCAGAAAAGUUGGCAUGUAGAAUUUCACCAGGUAGAGACAAAGGACAGCUGUGACAGUGAGAUCACAUGAUAUGACAUAACACGGGCAUUCACAGCUGUGAAUCACUCGGCUAAUUAAAAGUGAGAAGUGGUGAAAAUUGCUUGUGACUAAUUCACAGUAAAUCCUCCCAGUGAGAAACUGGAACCAGGUGACUUUGUUUUAAAAACAAAACAACAACAUGGCAUAAAUACAUUAGAAUUGAUUGAGAACAGUUUCUGUUAUUUCUCUCAGUUGAGGAAUGAACGAAAUAACGCCAUCAUCCGCAAAAGAUUUAUGUGAUAAACGCAAGUGAAAGACACAUUUUUACAUAUGAGACACAAAGUCUGGGUGUUGGUUAUGAUCCUGUCCAUGUGUCGCCUUGCUCCUGUGCAGACGCCACUUGUCAGGAAGCUUCACCAGUCACUGAUUAGACUGGUUUUACUUUUUUACAGUAAUUUUUCCUCAGCUGGAUCCAGACUCUGCUUCAACUCUCCUGACCUCUUGUUUCAUCCAGCUGGUCAGCCACCUGCCAACGUCACUUUCUCCACUUUCCUUACGUCCAAGGAAACAUCCUGAGAAUUACAAAGUUAUUAUACUCACCCAAGUUACUGUGAACAUUUCCAGGAAGUUCUUUGGAAAGGAAGGGCGUGAAAAGUAAAGCCUCAGUGUCCAGUAAAGAGCAGUCUGACCUCUG